AAAGAUUUGGUGAUCGGAACGAUGGGAUGGCAAGUGCUGUUCUUUAUCUCAGUGCUUUCUCUCGAUGCAGUACAAGGGCAAGUCAGCUAUUCUAUUCCCGAGGAAAUGAAUAAGGGGGCUUUAAUAGGUAAUAUAGCCCAUGAUCUAGGAUUAGGAGUGGACAGACUGAAGUCCGGUAAAGCUCGUAUUUAUAGUGGCAACACUGAAGAGUAUAUAGAGCUGAAGCGAGAAAGAGGGGUGCUCCUUAUUAAAGACAGAAUAGACAGAGAAACGCUAUGUGGUCAAACAAUGCAAUGCGCACUCCAUUUUCAAAUGAUCCUGGAAAAUCCAAUGGAGUUUUACACGGUGACUGUUGAAAUCACGGAUAUAAAUGACAACCCCCCAACAUUUGAGAGAAGUGAGAUGAAAUAUGAAAUAUCCGAAUCAGCUCUUACCGGAGCUCGAUUCAUCCUAGAAAAGGCUAUCGACAAUGACGUUGGUGUAAACGGUUUGGACAGCUACACCCUAAAUCCCAGCGAUAAUUUCGUUUUAAAAACCAUCAGCCGAGGAGAGGGGACUAAACACAUCGAAAUGGUUUUACAGAAACCACUAGACCGAGAAAAGCGUGAGCAUUUGUCAUUAAUACUAACCGCUCUGGAUGGCGGUGAACCACAGCUGUCAGGGGCAAUGCAGAUUACCAUUACCGUGUUAGACGCAAAUGACAACGCGCCCGUUUGUUCAAAACCUGAAUACACAGAAAGCGUUAAAGAAAAUGCAGCUAUUGGCACCGUAAUUACAACUGUAAGUGCUACUGACAUGGAUAAAGGAAAUAACGGAAAGAUUGCAUACGCGAUCCCAAAGUCCGCCGCAGCAAAUCUGUUUGAUAUCGAUCCUGAGAGUGGAGUAUUGGCACUGAAGGGAAAAAUAGAUUAUGAAAAACGGAGAGUUUACGAGAUUGAUGUGCAGGUGUCAGAUCAGGCGGGACUCUCCGAUGCAUGUAAAGUGAUAGUGGAAGUGAAAGAUGAAAAUGACAACCCUCCAUCGAUUAAUAUUAUGUCUAAAUCAAACACAGUGUCCGAGAAUAUGAAGCCGGGAACGGUCUUAACAAUGCUAAAUGUACAGGAUCCCGACUCAAAUGAAAAUGGAAAGGUAAUGUGUAUUUUAAAUGACAACCUGCCUUUCGCCAUUAAAUCAUCGAGCAAUAAUUUCUUUACUGUUGUAACAGACAGUGAUUUAGACAGAGAGAGAGCCUCUGAGUAUAACAUCACUGUGACCUGCUCUGAUGAGGGAGUGCCCUCCCUCUCCACCAGCGUUACUCUAACCCUACAGAUCUCAGACGUUAAUGAUAACGCACCUGUCUUUGAGAGGAGCUCAUAUGAGGCCUACAUUGUAGAAAACAACACGCCAGGUCUCUCUAUAUUCACAGUCAAAGCCACAGACGCUGACUGGAACCAGAAUGCCCGUGUUUCUUACAUACUGGAGGACUCCUCCGUCAAUGGAGUGCCAGUCUCCUCGUAUGUGUCCGUUAGUGCUGAUAGUGGAGUCAUCCAUGCAGUGCGCUCUUUUGACUACGAGCAGAUCAAAGACUUCCACUUCCGCGUAAAAGCGCAGGAUGGAGGCUCUCCUCCACUCAGCAGCAACGUGACCGUGAAAAUAAUGAUCCGGGACCAGAACGACAACCCCCCUCAGGUUCUGUACCCAGUCCAAACUGGUGGCUCUCUGGUGGCUGAAAUGGUUCCUCGUUCAGCAGAUGUGGGCUAUCUGGUGACUAAAGUGGUGGCUGUUGAUGUGGACUCUGGACAGAAUGCCUGGCUCUCCUAUAAACUGCAGAAAGCCACAGACAGGGCGCUGUUUGAAGUGGGCUUACAGAAUGGAGAAAUCAGAACUAUCCGCCAAGUCACUGAUAAAGAUGCUGUCAAACAAAGACUGACUGUUAUAGUGGAGGACAACGGGCAGCCCUCUCGUUCAGCUACAGUCAUUGUUAACUUGGCGGUGGCGGACAGCUUCCCUGAAGUGCUGUCGGAGUUCAUUGAGUUGACGCACGACAAGGAGUACAAUGACAACCUGACUUUUUACUUAGUCUUGGCUCUGGCUGUAGUUUCCUUCCUCUUCAUCACGUGUUUAGUGGUUAUUAUAUCAGUCAAAAUCUGCAGGUGGAGACAGUCUCGCAUCCUGUAUCACUCCAACCUCCCUGUCAUUCCAUAUUAUCCACCACGUUACUCAGACACUUUGGGGACAGGGACUCUGCCACAUGUGUACAAUUACGAGGUGUGCAAGACGACUGACUCCAGAAAGAGUGACUGUAAGUUCGGCAGAGCUGGUAGUCAGAACGUGCUGAUAAUGGACCCCAGUUCUACAGGAACGAUGCAGCGGAUACAGAGUGAAAAGAGCAUCCUGGAUGAACCAGACUCUCCUCUAGAGGUUAGAUGGCUUUAA